GAGGGGUUGUGUGUGAACCCAAUUUAAACAUGGAGCAUGGUGGGAUACAAGGCAUUUUAAAUUUGGAUCUUGUUGCAUGUUUCUGUUAAUGGGUAGAGGGGUGGGAUUAGGUGCUAGCUCUUUUAGUGACCUUGAGUCACUAGACGUGGCAUUCCUUUGAUGAGACAAGUCUUAGAUUGGCAGGCACAGCUGUGGCAAUAGUUGGGGGCAGGGCUGGAAUCUGGGCACCUCACUCACACAGGCUGAUGUAGUUUCACUUCCAGCCUUGCUUUCCAUAUGUUUUCUUAUUGCAACUCCACACUUGCUCAGUUAAGACUCAAAAUCAAAUGCUGUAACCUCAAAAAUGACAUUUCCUCAGUGGAUUUAGCAUCGCCUUUAACCCUUGCAUCGUUUUCACAGCCCAAUCGCCAGCCCUUUGGAAUCUAUGGAUCGGGAAUCUUUGCAAGCCUAAACCUGGCCUCUUUUCUUCACCGUUUUCCUUUGUAGUGCCAGGGAUCUGCAUAAGCAGGAUUAUAUGAACCACCUUGGUGCAGGAAUGGGUCAGGACCAAACCAAACAGCAAAUUCAAAAAGGACUUCAACUCUAUCAAUCUAAUCAGACAGAGAAAGCUCUCCAGGUUUGGACUAAAGUUUUGGAGAAGACCACUGAUGCUAGUGGAAGGUUCAGAGUCCUUGGGUGCCUGAUAACGGCUCAUUCUGAGAUGGGAAGGUACAAGGAUAUGUUAAAGUUUGCAGUUAUCCAGAUUGACACAGCCCGAGAGCUGGAGGAUCCAGACUUCCUAACGGAGAGCUACCUUAACCUGGCACGGAGCAAUGAAAAACUCUGCGAGUUUCAGAAGACUAUUUCCUACUGCAAGACGUGUCUGAACAUGCAGGGCACGUCGGUCAGCCUGCAGCUAAACGGGCAGGUCUGCCUGAGUCUCGGAAAUGCCUAUCUGGGUCUUAGCGUAUUCCAAAAGGCCCUAGAAUGCUUUGAGAAGGCCCUUCGAUACGCCCAUAACAAUGAUGACAAGAUGCUGGAGUGCAGAGUGUGCUGCAGUCUGGGGGGUCUCUACACACAACUCAAGGAUCUAGAAAAGGCUCUCUUUUUUCCGUGUAAGGCAGCUGAAUUGGUGAAUGAUUACGGGAAGGGCUGGAGUCUGAAAUACCGAGCUAUGAGCCAGUAUCACAUGGCCGUGGCAUACCGCAAGCUGGAUCGUUUAUCUGAUGCAAUGGAGUGCUGUGAGGAGUCUAUGAAGAUCGCACUGCAACAUGGGGACCGACCUCUUCAAGCUCUUUGCUUACUAUGCUUUGCCGACAUCCACAGAAGUCACGGUGAUGUUGAGAAAGCUAUUCCUCGAUAUGACUCCUCCAUGAGCAUCAUGACAGAGAUUGGAAACCGUUUGGGACAGACCCACGUGUUGCUGGGAGUGGCCAAGUGUUGGCUUCAUCAGAAAGAAAUGGAUAAGGCUCUGGACGGACUCCAAAAAGCUCAGGAGUUGGCAGAAGAAACAGGCAAUAAGCUAUGUUUGAUGAAGGUUCACUGUCUGAGUGAGAUCAUCUUCCGCACGAGGCAGCAGCAGCGUGAGCUCCGCGCCCAUGUGGUCCGAUUCCACGAGUGCGUUGAAGAGAUGGAGUUAUACUGCGGCAUGUGUGGCGAAUCCAUUGGAGAAAAGAACUGCCAGCUCCAGGCAUUACCAUGCUCUCAUGUCUUCCACCUCCGAUGUCUCCAGACCAACGGGACCCGUGGCUGCCCAAACUGCCGUCGGUCUUCUGUGAAACCAGGCUUUGUGUGAAUGAGAUCUUUGGGCAGAUCCUCCAAUAUAGUGACGUGUAUCUAAGGACCAGUUAUAAGAGAGCAGCGCCAGUGUUGGCGUUUAGGCUCCAGUUUUGGUCCGGGGACUGAGUUUCUCGGUGGUAGAGUUCUAUCACAGUUUUAUGGCUACACUUUUGCUGUAAAAGAGAUUUGGCUGACAAAGGCGAGAGACUGGAUGGUAUCAAACUGCGUAUGAGAAGUGCUGUUUUUCUUCUUAUUAUUUUUAACAUUUAUUUUAUACUUCAAAAAGCAGUUGAACAUCUGAACGAAUUAGGAAGAAAAGCAAAACGUGGCUUUUCAUAAAUACUGUUUUCCAACUUGUUCAUAAAUAAUGUGUAGUGGUUAAAAAAACACUAGUUGGUUUAUUCCAUUUUUUACACACUUUUACUUUUUUUUUUUUUUUGUCCGUGUUUUUAUUGGUGCUCUUACCGCCUUACAGGGAAGCAGUUCCUUGCAUCAACUGAUAUUUAAGUGGAAACAGAGUUCGUAUAAUUUUCAAUCAGCCUACCUCCCUAAGGAUUUACAUUGUAAUUUACUUGUUUGGCAUUGCCUGUAAUCUGUGUAAUAUUAAUAUUUUUCUUUUGGACUCCUAAUAUUAACCCCCAGUCUGUGUAUUUUUCCUUUGUUCUCAAAGACAAAACACCAAAGCAUUUCCUUAUAAAAUUUUGGACUGUAAAAAAAUAAAACCUUUUAUUGGUCUAACGAA